AUUACGGCUUGCGGUUUGAUCUUGCGGAGUCUCUGACUUCUAACGGUGACGACACACAAAAGCUCCUUAGUUCACUUUUCACGUUUUGCCAGAGUUUUCCACCGAUGAAGACCAGAGGGGACACUCGUCUUCCGGCCGUAGUAACACUUUCAUUGCUUUGUCGUGCCACGGACCGUGUGCCAGCGCUGCUGUGCGUUCAGGUGCGCAGCCAGUGUGCAGCUCCACAGCGGCUGAUUACACCAUCACUGGACUGAAGGGACCGAUUUAAAGAAAGGCGAUUCACGCAGAGAAGGAGCGAAGGCUUAGCCUUUGAAAGGGGUGGGUGGGGGGAGUGACUGCUUCGUAUCAAUCUAUCUACCAGGCUGGGGGAGGAGGGACGAAGGAUGAGCUAUUCUUGUGCCAGUAGAGAGGUCGGUCGCAAUAGCCAGGGCGAAUCUGAAAGCAGCUCAAAGAAAGCCGGUAAUAAUAAGGACAGUAGUGAUAAGAGACCCCGCCACAGCCCCGCGACCGCCAAGCCGCAGCUGGAAAUGAAAGUCAAGAGAGGGUGCGACUCAUCAGAGCCGGGGGUGCCGGCGACCACGGAGGAGGAGUUGCUCCGGAAGCCCCUGAUCACCCCAGAAGACGUACUCGGGCUGCAAAAAAUCACCAAAAGUUACCUGUGUUCUCCGGAGGAGAACAUUCAUAACAUCGACUUCACGAGGUUUAAGAUCCGUGACAUGGCGACCAGCACCGUGCUCUUUGAGAUUACCAAACCCCACAACACUGAGAGGACGAGGGAGAAAAAGCCUUCUGACCCCAACGCCGGACGCUUUGUGCGGUACCAGUUCACCCCCGCAUUCCUGAGGUUGCAGCAGGUCGGGGCCACGGUCGAGUUCACCGUGGGCGAUACUCCCAUUAACAACUUCCGCAUGAUCGAGAGGCAUUACUUCCGCGAGCAGCUCCUCAAGUCUUUCGACUUCGAGUUCGGCUUUUGCAUCCCCAACAGCAAGAACACCUGCGAGCACAUCUACGAGUUCCCAGCCCUCUCGGAGGAGAUCAUCCAGGAAAUGAUCCUUCAUCCCUAUGAGACGCAGUCGGAUAGCUUCUACUUUGUGGACAGCAAGCUUGUGAUGCACAACAAGGCAGACUACUCUUACAGUGGGGGGCCCUAGGACCCAGGGGAAGUGGAGGAUGCCACGCCAGCUUCAUCUGAGCCUAAGAACUGGAGGAACACACACAGCGCUGGCUUCACCCACACAAUCCCGCUCCACCACUCCUCAGCAAGAUGAUCCCCUCUCACCAGCAACUCCGCCCCCCUUCCCAACAGCAAGCAGACAUGCUGAUGAGACCUCCUCUAUAAGCACACUGCCAUCAUCACACCUCUCAUCAUUCUCUCCCCCAUCUUCUCAUCCUCUUCAAAUGUCAACCUAGGGUUCAAGUGGCAACAGACCCCUCCCACCCCCUUAAUCUGACAUACGCACAAUUCCAUCUCCAAGAUCAAGGCAUCGAUGAGCCACGAAAAGACAUGUCCUGAGGGCAGAGGGAUCUGUCAAAAAUUAAGGAGUUAAGGAGAAUUCUCACCUCUUUGGAACGCUUAGAUAAUUGUUCGCUUCCUUUCUGGAAGAUUCUCUGUGUACAUUGCUUUUCAGCAGGCCCUUAAUGAGGCCCUGUCAUGGCAUAUUAGCGGACUUGGGCAGAGCAGGACAUGCUGCGGUUUCUAGAAGACUCUUAAUGCUUUUUGAAACUGACACAACCCUUGGGCAAACUGCUGAUUGAAAGAGAACCGGAGUCCUCAAUGGCGGAAGGUUUCGGCACUUUGGAAAAGGCUACAUCUCUCCUAUACCUCCCCUUCCACUUAACGUGACCUUGAGGUCACGCUCAGCUUGCGACUGAUGUUAGACAUUUUUUAAUGCAUCUUCAUGGUCCGCAGUCAGAGCAAUCAGUCUGAAAUGUGUUCCCAACAUCCAAUUCAAGAUGCAGCACAAAAAAUCUACUCCUGAUUAAGUUUCCCGUUACUCCUGUCAUCCACAUUCGAUUGUGUGUUUUAACAAGUAGGAGAAGCAGGUGGGAGCUGGAAUCAUGUGUAGCCGCUUUGGCGCUUUUCCCAGUGCAUGUGUUUUCGAAACACUGGUUGCCAUAAUCCUGCUUUUUUUAAAUGGAGGAUGUCAGGGUGAAUAUUUUGCAUUUCGCUUCCUCUCGAGGCACGGUGUCACAAAGCCAGGCCAGCCUGGGAUACACUGUCGUGCAUGUAGCCGAGCAUCAGUCACAGCCUAGCGACGCGUACUAACACCUCCGGGGACGGCGAGGCCCCGGCGAGACCCCGGCGAGACCCCGGCUCGCUGCUUCCUGCUGCUUUCAGUCCACCUCUCCACGUUCACACCUGUGUUUCUCAGGUAUCAAAGAGGCCAAUAUGACCUACAUGGCAUUUUUAAAAAUUCCUGCAGUUGCCUCCGUUUUUCCUGCCCCAUUUCUAUGUAAAAUGACGUCUUUAAAUGAGCACAUUAGAGUUUCACAUUCAGCAGCUACUGCAGAGUAAUGCAGGACUUCCCAAGGUGACGACGUAACCGGAAGUAAAGGGUAUGAGGAUAUUUUUUCACUUUCAAUGAGCAAAAUGUUAUUUUUAAACGUAUUAGGAUAAAUAUUACUAUGUUAAAUAGAUAUAUUAAAUCACCAUAUGGACAGCUGUGUAGCUAUAGGGACAGCCAAUGGACAGUCAUUGACAGAUGGACAUCAUUAAAGGGGGGGUUUGGGAAACUACCUAGAAUUUCAUUCCCAGGAAUGGCAACUGUGGGCAAGAACCUGUGUGUGUAUGUGCGUGUGCGUGUGUGUGUAUGUGUAUGUGUGUGUGCAUGUGCAUGUGUGUACUGUAUGUGUGUGUGUGUGUGUGUGUGUGUGUGUGUGUGUGUGUUUGUAUUAGGUUUAUAUAACAUUGUGGGGUCACGUAUUGUGUUUGGAUGCUUAUGUUUAAGGUUCAGGCUGGGUUAGGGUUAGGGUUGUCAUGUUGGGAUUUUUCCUCAUACAAAUGAAUGGAGAGUCCUCACAAUAUAUAAUUACAAACCUUUGUGUGUGUGUGUGUGUGUGUUUGCAGGGGGGGGGUUGUAUUUAUCACAUUGUGGCAACCAAAUGAUCCCAUGUGGGAAAACAUGUUACUGUGUAGCUGGUGGGGACAUUUUUCAGGUGCACAAAAUAUAAACCUCAAUUUUAUAAAAAUCUGUGACUGCGAUCCAAAAACUGAAAUAGCCAAAAGUCAGGGCUGGGUAGGGAUUAGGUUUUGUUAGGGUUAUAGAGAGUCCCCACAGUGAUAGGAAUAUAUGAAUAUAUAUGUGUGUGUGUGUGUGUGUGUGUGUGUGUGUGUGCGCACAGGCAUUGUGUGUGUGUGUGUGUGUGUGUGUGUGUGUGUGUGUAUGUGUGUGUACAGCUAUUAUGUGUGUGUGUGUGUGUGUGUGUGUGUGUGUGUGUGUGUGUGUGUGUGUGUGUACCUGCCCUUGACUUCAGUCUCAUCCCUGCGGGAUGUGAAAUUCAUCUAAACGACAUUGGGGCUAGAGGGCGCAAUACCGCUCACCCUCAGAAAGAGACUGUUUUUAUCUCGUGAAGAAAUGAACCGCAGGAGGGACUGCAUAACAACAGCUUCUGAAGCACUGAGAUUUGUGGCUCGUUCAGGUUUUUUACGAGCAGGUAAAAGUGGUUCCCUGAUUUAUGAUAAGACAUCAACGGUGCCGUUCAUGUGAGUAAUAGCUGAUUCCCUGAAGACAUUCCGUAUUAUAAAACACACAGGGGUGCACAUUAGUGACAAGAAUUCAGCUGGUGACGUUUUCCCAAAGCACUUCUGUCUUCAUGCCUGUAACGCCACGGUGGACUUUGCUUGGACAGGAAUUAACAGCCCAGAUGUAGAGUGCUCUCACUAUAUGGAAAUGCAUACCAUCUAGAUGACAAAAAAAAUCAUUUCAAUUCAUGAGAUUAUUGUAAAAUGAUUUGACAAUGUUAAUUUUUGGACAAUUAAAUGCCAGUCUUGAUAAGUUAAUAAAUGUGUGAUUUUUUUAAAUAA